AUGGGGUGGCCCACCCACGAGUCCCCAGUACUUUGGGAACCCUCCGGGUUCCCGGGGUUCCCGUCUUUCCGUCGGCACUUCCCCCGGCCGUGGGUUUGGGCUUGCCCCGCCCACGUACCGCCCGCCCUCGGGCACUGGCGGGGCCGCACGGGGGCCGGGAGGGGCGGAGGUGCCGGGCCAGCCCUGCGCCUCGCCGCUGGCGCCCGCGCCCGGGAGCACGUCCUCGGGCCCUCGGAUCCCCGCGUCCUCCGGGCGCCAGGGCCUCGGGCCGGGGGAGGGGCCUCACCGGCGGGCCCCGCGGGGCGGCGGGCGGCGCACGUGCGGACGGGCGGGGAUCCCCGGCGCCGGAGGCGGGGCACCCGGAAGCGCGCGCGGACUUGCCACACCGAGCCCGGCGGGCAGGGGGGCGGCGGGGAGGCGGGCGCACUGCCCCGGCCGCGGCCGGCUGUGCUCACAGGUGGGCGGCGGCGGCGAAGGCGCGGCGGAGCGGAGCCGGGGUCCUCGAGACUCCAGCAGUCACACCGAGAGCCCAGCGGCUCCGAGCUGGGAAGACGCGUCCGCGCCUCGGGAGGAACCGGCCGUUCUCCCCGCCACCUCGGCCUCUUUGGCUGCAGCCGCACCUCGGCCCUGGAGCGCAGGCGUUGGCGGAUAAUCAGAGAGAGGCGUGGAUGUGUUUACAAGAUGAGUUGUGUUCUUUCCACCUUUACCUUCUGAGGGCUUCUUACCACU